UCUUCUAUUGGCUGUUUCAUGCAGGCAACAGGUGCAUUAAUUAACCAUCUUGGUUUGUUGAAGCAAGUAAACAAAGCUGUCGUAGUUAGUCAGUAUAUUGAUUAGCCUACAUAUAUCGUAGUUAGCCUAUUUUAUGCUGUGAAGAGAUAUGAAGCAUAAUUUACCAUCAGUAUUUAUUUUCUUGGUCUUGGGUACAUACGUGUAUGCUUUACAGUCGCGCGUCGCCAUUGCGCCACAUUCUCUCAACGAUUCGCCAUCAACACGUUAUGGAAAUUAUUUUCACGAAACCGCCCGCGAUUCACCUUAUUUACAACUUCCCAUAUUUCAGCAUUCCAGAAUUCCUCUUCUGGAUAAAGAACAGUUUUCUCCCGCGCGCGGAGUGGGUCGCGAGCAACUUCCGGAGGACACGAGAAAAGUUCUCAUCCCUGGGGACGCGCCGCCUGCAACGUCCCGACGCAACGGUCGAUCGUAUGGAAUAAACGUCGCGUGUUACCUCAAGAAAAUGGUUGUUAAAGUAAACAAACAGAUUUUAGGGCCCAGCGGCUUUCAGGACAAAUUAAAACUCGGCACGUGCGACAUAAGCAAGUCUACGAAGAACUAUUAUUUAUUUAUUUAUGAUAUGGAUCAGUGUGGCAGCAAGAGAAAGAUGAUAAAUAACAGAGUUGCAUACUCCAACAUACUGCACUAUUCUCCUGUGAGCGCCCAGGGGUCGAUUCGUCGUGCCAUGCCUUUCAUCAUUAAAAUUGAAUGUCACUUUAACAGGUAUCAUUACUCGUACAAAAUUGGUUUCACACCUCAAGUCAAUUUUCAGAACUACUUUAGACCCCUGAAAACGGUGGACAGUUUCGCACUCACUCCCCGUGAUGCACAAUGGAGAAGGUUGUCACCCACUGAAGCGUAUACCAUUGGUCACCCCAUGUACUUUCAGGCAGAUGGACCUUCUCUUGCCGAGGAUGAAAGACUGUUUGUGGAUUCCUGCUAUGCGACCGUUAACCGUUCUCAUUUGUCCAAGCCACGUUUUACAGUUAUUGAAAACCAUGGGUGCAUGACUGAUAGCAAGAGCAGCAGAUGGUCAAGGUUCAUACAGAGUAAGGAAAGGAAUGUUGUGCAGUUUUCCUUGGAUGCAUUUCUAUUUUAUGGAAUGUCGGGAAAGCAUCUGUACAUGCAUUGUAAAAUAUCUGUAGGAGGUGUAACUCCAACACCAAGUUCAAAGUUGUGCACCUACAACCAGGCAACAAAACGAUGGGAAGAGUUGUACGGUUUUAAUUCUGUGUGCUCGUGCUGUGACUCCAAGUGUACAGCAUUUGAACGUCCUGCGACCAGCAAGGUGAUCACCAGUGAUGUCUGGACCAUGGAGUCUGAUUGGAAAAUUAUUGAAGAAGAGCCAACAACUGCAGUCAAUUCAAGAGUGGAGGAUGCACGUAUGGUCCAAAUAAUGGCCACGUUGGCACCUGAUUUUGGCCCGCAUCAUUAUGUGCCUGGACUGGCUGUGGUGGAGAAAGCAGACGAGUAUGUAGAGCUACGCAGAAGGUUUGAGGAGGUAUUUGGAUUGGACUGAACAUGUAAUCAGGUCAGGAAUCACAACAUUUUAGUCUUAUUUUUAAUCGCACUUGAAAUGGUAAUAAAUCUGGACAUGCCCUUUUGAAACAACCAUGUUUUUCUUUUAUGUAGCUUUUUAUUUUAGGUAAUGCAAUAGGAGAUACUAUUUGCUUUUUUGAUCUUUGACCUUUUUGACUCAUGUUGAAUGCUCUAUGAAGUACUUGAGGACACUCCAUCUAGUAUAUACAUCUUCAGGUUUUUUGUAUUUUUCACUUUGACACAUGCUUUGUGUUGUAUAUUGCUGCAAAUAAAUUCUUCCAUACCUUAAUGCAAGGCAUGAUGGACCCAGAAUGA